AUGAUUGAAAGCUGUGCAAUCACAGUGGCCAGCGUCCUGAUCUUCUCUACGUGGAGCCGCUACCUCGAGUCGCCGACCGCCACCGCCGUCGAAACCACAAACUUUCCUGUGUGGAAGGUACCUUUUCCGGCAGUCACAAUCUGCGACCCGAACCAAGUUGUUCUUUCUAAAGCAAAGAGGCUGGUGCAGAGAAUGAGCGAGGGAAACAAGGCUGUGGAAAAUGAGCUAAUGGAAGCCUUUCCUCACUUUCGAGAGAUACUGAAGCACAAUUUCGUUCCUUUUUCCAACGUCAGCCUAUUACAAAAUGCGAUUACAAAGAACGGGGUGGGCUUGACGGAACUUAUGAGAGACUUGGCACCGAGUUGUUCCGAUAUUAUGGUCCAAUGUCAGUGGAAAGGGGUGGAAGUGGACUGCAGUAAGCUGUUUACCCGCAGCCUUAGUGACAAUGGAUUUUGCUGCUCUUUUAACUAUGCAGAGCCGUGCUUUGGCCGAAACUGCACGUCAAACAGAGCAAAACCGUCUUCACUGACCCCUCUGUACACAGCUUCAGUGGGCAACAAAUUUGGUUUGAGGGUCACCCUGAGGUUCGAUUUGAAGGAAAGAUUUGUUCCUCUUGUUUCUACAGAGGCGAUGAGAGUGAUGUUGCACAAUUGGUACAACUACCCAAACCAAUGGUCGGCGGCAGAUCAGCUAAUUUCACAAGGGCAGUAUACUUUCAUCAGGGUAGCAGCGGAGACGACCUCGUCGACCAUGCCAGUGAAAAAGUUGCCCCUUCAAAAGAGUGGAUGCAUAUUUGAGGAGGAGGACGAAGACGCGUCAACUAUUAAAGAAUCUGGAGAAAUGAAUGGUCAAUCCACAUACAGCAGAGAUAACUGUCUCGUAGACUGCAGACGGAUAAACGUGAUGGAUUAUUGCCAUUGCCAGCCAUACUAUUACCCCUCAAGAGACAACGUGAGAUUGUGCGACUUUAGAGAUUUGAGUUGCAUCUUCAAACAUAAAGUUUUGCUAAGCCGUUUGAGACCGAAUUUGAAAGAUUUGGAAAAUUCCGGGAAUCAUUUGUGGGACGGACAGGAAGGGAUGGACUGUGAUUGCUCACCCCAGUGCAACGAAAUAAGCUACCGCUAUGAAACAACCUCAGGAAAUCUCCGCAACUCCGUUUCAAAUCCUUACCACCCUGAAAACCAUUCCAUCAUCUACGUGUUUUUUGGCAAAAUGAUCGGAACUCGGUACAGAAGGGAUUUGCUCAUGUCGUGGGAAACUUUGUUAAGCAAUGCUGGAGGAUUAUUUGGUUUGUUCAUGGGAUUCAGUUUGCUAAGUGUCGUCGAGUUUGUCUACUUCUUCACCGUUCGACUGUACUUUGAGUUGAGAGGACGAAGGAAUAAAAAAUCUUUGAAGAAGUGGAGUGCAAAGGUCCGACCAAGGCACUGGAAAAUCGCUAGCGCCAGAAACGUCAAACUGAAACUGCCUGUGAAGGAUGACUUUGGGAGAUACCAAUUUGACGGGCGUCACAGACCUCCUCGCUUUGUGUAUUAAUUUUCCUAAGUGUGUGUUGGCCUUGAAAGGCAUUCUAGUCUGUUGCAAUGAAUAAAUAUUACAGUGAGAGUGGAUUUCAUGAAAAGCAAGCUGGUUACUGUACACAAUUUAUGGCCAAGUUGUAUUUCAGAAAUACACACAU